CGAUGCUGUAUGGUAACUGCACUCCUUUCGAGCAACAAAAACGCCAUCUUUAAGUGACAAACUACAGCAGCAGCAUUCGCGAAGAGAAAUUGGGUCAGGUUCUGUUGACAUAGGUAGAAUUCAGAAAAACCCACGCAGCUAAACUGUAUUCACAGUUUAAACUCCUCCAGACUCUGAUCGUUAAUAGUCCAAUGUGUUUGAUCGCUGCGCCUCCACGAACACAGUUUUCUUGUGUCGGUCCCGGUUGAGGCUGAGCAGUUCCCUGGUGGAAAAAAUACAAUAAAAGAAAGAGAGGAUGAAACGAGUUCGUCUGGUGAACGAGGAGGACGGUGGCGGGGGCAACAGCGGUGGCUCCAAGAAAACCCUUAAACGACCCUUUAAGGAGAGACGAGAUGAAGAUUUGGAGGAAGAAAGUGCUAGCUGGGAAUGUCUGCCUCAGGAGAUCAUGCUCCACAUCUUUCAGUACCUUCCUCUACUGGACAGAGCCUAUGCCUCUCAGGUGUGUCGAGGCUGGAACCAGGCGUUUCACUUGCCAGAGUUGUGGCGUUGCUUUGAGUUCGAGUUAAACCAACCGGCCAGUUCCUACCUGAAAGCUACUCACCCAGAUCUCAUCAAACAGAUUAUCAAGCGUCACUCCAACCACCUUCAGUACGUCAGUUUUAAGGUGGACAGCAGCCGAGAAUCAGCAGAGGCGGCGUGUGAUAUCUUGUCUCAGCUGGUCAACUGUUCUCUGAAAACACUGGGGCUCAUCUCCACAGCCAGGCCUAGUUUUAUGGAAGUGCCUAAAUCUCACUUCAUCUCAGCGCUGACGGUGGUUUUCGUCAACUCCAAGUCAUUGUCGUCCCUGAAAAUUGAUGACACACCUGUGGACGACCCCUCCCUGAAAGUCCUGGUGGCCAAUAACAGCGACACUCUGAAACUGCUGAAAAUGAGCAGUUGCCCUCAUGUUUCACCUGCAGGCAUCUUGUGCGUGGCCGACCAAUGCCAUGGUUUGAGGGAACUUGCCCUCAACUACCAUUUGCUGAGUGAUGAACUUCUCAUUGCUCUGUCCUCAGAAAAGCAUGUUCACCUUGAGCACCUUCGCAUUGAUGUCGUUAGUGAGAAUCCAGGCCAACAGUUCCACACUAUCAAAAAGAGCAGCUGGGACGCCAUGGUGCGUCACUCUCCAAAAUUUAACCUGGUCAUGUAUUUCUUUCUGUACGAGGACGAGUUUGGCCCCUUCUUUAGAGAUGAGAUCCCAGUUACACAUCUGUACUUUGGUCGCUCUGUCAGCAAAGAUGUCCUGGGACGUGUUGGGCUGACCUGCCCACGUCUGGUGGAGCUUGUCGUGUGUGCUAACGGGUUGCGGCCGCUAGAUGAAGAGUUGAUCCGCAUCGCUCAACGCUGCACGCAGCUCUCAGCCAUUGGCCUUGGAGAGUGUGAGGUGUCCUGCAGCGCCUUUGUGGAGUUUGUGAGGAUGUGUGGAGACAGACUGACGCAACUAUCCAUCAUGGAGGAGGUUCUGGUUCCAGAUCAUCGUUAUGGGCUGGAUGAUAUCCACUGGGAGGUGUCAAAACAUCUGGGUCGUGUCUGGUUCCCAGACAUGAUGCCCACCUGGUAGAUAUGAAAUGAUGAUUUUUUUUUCUCAGUGUUGUAAAGUUCCCCCUAUUUAUUUGUGUAUUUAAAUUUGUUUUAUCUUUAGUUUUUCAGCACUUUGUUCUCAGAGCCAUUUCUUUGGCUUGGUUAUAUUUGAUGUUUUAGGGCAUAUUUUACGAUAUCAGCUUUUAAAAAAAAGAAAAAUGGAAUAUCUUUGCACAAAUAGAAAGGCAUUCAUUUGCUUUGGGUUUUGUUUGGGUGUACGUUUUUUGAUUACCCCGACAUAUGUAACCACAGGAUUUGUAUUUUUGCUUAGUUUAGAGUGCAGUUUAGAAGACAAUCAGGUGAUGAGAAAUGUGCAGUACAUUGGGUUUGGAUGAUCACCAUAAUAAGCUAAUUUGCUUUGUUUUUUUCUUGUAUAGGAAUUAUUUGAAAAUAAAUGUUUCCUCUUGUGGAAGUAAUGUUAUUUUUUUCCCAAACACCCCAAAUCUUGACUGUAUAUAUUAAUCUAAAAUGGAAUCUGUUCCAUGUGUGUUAAUAUUUCCUUUGUUGUUUGUGUUAACAUGUUAGCUAUUUUUAAGCAGGUCAGGUCAAAGAACUACUGGUUAGCAAAUAGGUUUUUUGAAUGCAAGGCAUCAGUGAAGGGAAUCUUUUUAUCAGCUGAGUAGCAGGAUGCUGCUAUGCUGUUGAAGUACGGACGGAUUUUUGUCACUUGUUUUGUAAAGGAUUAAGUUAAUAUGUUUAACCAGCUUAAUGGUCAAUGUCUUUUGCAGAUUUUUAAAAUCACUUAUAGAAAACAGUGGUGGUACUUGUUAGGUUUUUGUUUUUUUUUCUGUCCGUUCACACAUUUAAGGAUUCGUCAAAACAUGUAGCGUCCUCCAGAUGCUCAAGUGUGGGUUUUAAUGUUGCAGCUAUUUUAAAUUCCGUUGAUACCAUCUUCACAGUCGUUUAACUGCGCAGCCCUGUUAACUGACGGUUUGGCAAAUGAAGCUUAUCAGAAGAGUUAAAAUGUUAACAAUUGAUGGAUUUGAUUUAUUGAACGGCUGUUAAGGUGAAUAUAUUGAGGGAUGUCAACUUUUUGACUAUGUAAAAAAAAUUACAUGUGUAAAUAGCUAUACUGUUUUGAUACAGUCCAGAGUUUUUCCAUGGAAAAAAGCCAAGAUUUCUAUAUUUUUUCCCUUUAUAGCAAUAGCAAUUUAUGUCUUAAUGUUGUCUUUUUUUUAUUUGCAGGACAAAAAAGACAAUAAGAUGAAUCUUUAGUAGUUAACUGCACAUUUUACUGGUGAUUUAUACAUAAAAAUAACAUGUUCAUUCUGCACUUGUA